UAUGUUAAUUACUAAAGGGAGUGGAUUUAUUCUUUCCUCUUGGUUGAAGUGGUGAGCUUUGUGCGCUGUGCCCCCAACAUAAGCCCAGGACCAGUGAAUAAGUGAUUAAUGGCUGCUACGGAGAAACGACCCAUUGAGGGGGGUCCAGCUGAUCCUUCAUCAGGGAUAACUCCUUCAUAUGGAACUGACAACCCUUCACCCCCCUCCUAUGAUGAAGCAAUGGGCCCACCACCUUCAUAUCAGUCCUUGUUUGGUGAAAUCCAAGAUGCACACACCAGUUCCAGUGGGGUGCUUGAUUUCUUAAAGAAACUCUUUUUGAUACUUAUUGGAACAAUUGGAUGUACCAUAAUGAUUGGACUUAUUAUGGCUAUUCCCAUAGCUAUGAUAGUUAUAGGAGCUAAAUACAAGAACCAGUGUCCAGUUGAAGAUAAGAUUCCCAUCUACCUUAUUGUUGGUGGAGCCGUGGGUGUGUUCAGAAACCUCAUCUCCUUGUGUCAGCGAUCCAUGAAAAGUAAUGACAAUGAGGAUGAUGAUGAGAAGAAGAAGCGGCCUUUUGAGAGCAUCCUAGACUGUUUCCUGUUUGUCUGGUUUAUUUGUGGAAAUGUCUGGAUCUAUCGGAUUUAUCAGCCACACUACACUCCUGACCUUUCAGAUCCAGAAUAUUGUCACAAAACGUUGUAUCUGUUUGCAUUUUGGAUAACAACCUCUGCAUACAUUUUUACAGGGGUCCUGUGUUGUUGUGUGUGUUGUGUGGGCAUUUGUGCUGCAAUGUUUGGCUCUGAUGAUUGAGAGCUCCAAAUGUUAAGGAUACAACGAUGCAAUGCUGUCAACCAUAUGGACAUAAGAAUAUGUCAUUCAUAUUCACAUGAAAUUGCUGUUAAGGAAAAGUCAUAAUUUUUGUAUAAAAUCAUAGGUGAUCAAAUCAAAUGAACCACUGUUCAUUAAAUUUAGAGCAACCAGUCACUCUCCACAA